CAAUGGGCGGGCGGGGCGGGGCCGGGGCGGCGGGCGCGGCGCGGCGGGGUGUCACAUGGCGCGGGCGCGGCGGCGGCCCCCCGGCCUGAACGGCGAGCGGACGGAGCAGCCGGCCCGCAUGGAGGAGGAGGAGAGCCGAGCUGCGCCGGCCUCGCCGGAGGACGAGCCCAAAAGCGAGGGAAACGGAGCCGCCACGGUGCCGCCGGAGCCGGCGGGCGGCUCGGCACCGCGGGGUGGCCCCGAGGAAGAGGAGGAGCGGCCGAAGGCAGCCGUGGAGGAGGCGCCCGGCGAGAAGGAGGAGGAGGAGGCCUUCCUGGUGAGCCUCUACAAGUUCAUGAAGGACCGCCACACGCCCAUCGAGAGGAUCCCCCACCUCGGCUUCAAGCAGAUCAACCUCUGGAAGAUCUACAAAGCCGUGGAGAAGCUGGGCGCCUACGAGCUGGUGACGGGCCGCCGGCUCUGGAAGAACGUCUACGACGAGCUGGGCGGCAGCCCCGGCAGCACCAGCGCUGCCACCUGCACCCGCCGCCACUACGAGAGGCUCGUGCUGCCCUACGUGCGGCACCUCAAGGGCGAGGACGACAAGCCGCUGCCUCCCGCCAAGCCCCGCAAGCAGUACAAGGUCUCCAAGGAGCCCAAGGGCCCCGAGGCCGCCGAGAAGAGCCGCCGCGCCAGGAAGGACAAGAGCCGCGAGCAGGUCGCCCCGGCGAAAACCGAGGCCGCGGCGGUGCCGGCGGAGGCGGCCGAGCGGGCCCGGCCGGCCGAAGGAGCCGCCGCCACGGAGCCCGGCGGGCCCGGCCCGUGCAGGCCGCACGCCGAGGCCUACAAGCGCCUCUUCUCCAGCUUCUCCGCCAAGGGCAGCCACCCCAUCAUGUCUCCGCUGGCCAAGAAGAAGCUGCUGGCCCAGGUGAGCAAGGCGGAGGCCUUGCACUGCCACAAGCGGCCUUGUCCGGAGAGCCGGCGGCCCGGCGGCCCCCCGCGGCAGGAGCACCGUGGCGGUGACGAGGGCCGGGGCGAGGACGGCGCGGGGCCGGCGCCCGCCGUCUUCACCGGCUGCUUCCACGCUUACCGGCCCGAGGGGCCGCCGGGCUGCCCCCCCCCGCCGCCCCCGCCCCCGCCGCGGGGCCGCUGCCCCGAGCCGGAGCAGCCCCAAGACCUGCGGAGCCACAAAACGCCCCGGGGCAGCCCCUCGCCCGCCGCCUUCGCCGCCGUCAAGGCCUGCUGGGUGCCUCCCGGCACCGCCUUCGUCCCGCCGCCGCCCCGGGCCAAGCGGGGCCCCGAGGAGGAGGAGGAGGAGGCGCCCUUCGGCCUCAAGCUCCGAGCCGUCUCCCCCUUCGGCAAGGAGGCCGAGGGCAGGGACAAGGGCGCCGGGUCGCAGCAAGGGUUGGCCAAGCCCAAAGCGGUGGUGGCCGGCGGCGGCUACCCGGCUCCGCUGGCGGCCGCCGUGCCCCAAAUCCCGGACGUUUACAAGGGAGCGAUGCUGCGCUUCCCGGUGAGCUUCCCGCUGGAGCACCUCAAAACGCCCGGCGCGCCGCUGGCGCCCAACCUCCCCGUCAACCCUUUCGUCAUCCCGGCCUUUCCCAGCCCUUUGGUAGCCGCUCCGACGCAGCCCUCCGAGCCCGGCCGCUACCCUUACGACGGCUCGCUGCGGCCCCGGCUCUACGCCGCUGCCACGUGGCACGGCCGGCCCGCCUACGCCUCGCCGCACGCCUUCCACCGCCACACCAAGCUGUAGCGCUUUCGGCCCCGCGCCGGACCCGGCGGCCCGAAACGCGGCCCCGGCCCGAAACGCGGCCCCGGCCGCCGAGCGCCGCCGAAAAGGGACUGGAAGAAGGACGCUGCGGCCCGCGUCCGGUUUUACUUAGAGCCGUUUGUAUCCGACGCCGUAUUCCGGUGACUUUAAUACCGGUAUCACACGGUUAUAUAUAUAUAUAUAUAUAUAUAUUAUAUAUAUAGAAAAGGGAGCAAAGUGAAUUGCAGAGAUUUCUAUUUUGCUAGACGUGCUGGAUGCUGGACGCUCUCUGCCGGGGGCGCGGAGAGGAGGCCGAGCCGGGCGGUGGCGGUUCCCGUCGUGCCGCGCCGUGCCCCGGAGCCCGGGAUGCUCUGCCGUUCGCCGGUACGGAGCCCCAGCUCGUUCCUAUCAAGCAAUGCAAUUUUUUUUUUAAAAAAAAAAAAACAAAAACACAAAAAGAACAACAAAAAAACAACCUAUGUUGCCUCAAAACGGGGCUUCUGGGGUUAUUCAGUCUCCCCAGGGGCCUGGUAGGGUCUGAAGCGAGUUGGGACCACGGGAAUAUCCGCCCCUUUGGGUGCUUCACCCAGUCCGCGGGGAAAACGCGCCGGAAGCAACUCGGGAUGCCGCUAAGCACCUCGAGCGGCCCAAAAUAAAACUGGCUGGAUGGUCCCAACUUG